CCUCUCAUCCAUGCCCUCUUCGAAGAGCUCUCGCGAACAUGGCAAUUCGUCGUCGCAGAUCCGGUAUCGCGUCAUGCAGUAAUUGUCGAUCCUCAACUCGACAACGCCCCUGCGGCAACCACCAUAUCGACGAUAGCGGCCGAUCGUGUGCUGACCGUGGUGCGGCAAAAUCGAUAUAUAGUGGAUCGUAUUCUCCACACUCACGAACCGAAACAUCAUCCAUCAUCUGCCUGGUAUCUCCGCGCACAACUACUACAGUCGACCGGCCAUGCCCCCAAAAUCACCCUGGGAAGAACCAUGGUAGCGGUCCAGAGAAUGUUCAGGCGAAAGUACAGCAUGAAGAACGACGAUGGAAGUACAUGGGCCACCACACACGACGAUGCCAACCUCACAGACGGGCAGUCCUUUUCGAUCGGCGGCCUGAGAGCGGCAGCCUUACAGUUCCCUGGU